UCCCGCCCAGCGCUGGGAGGCGCGUCUGACCGGCCAGGCCAGGUGCAGUGCCCACGAACCAGGGUUGCCGCGGCAAGGAGCCCUGCCCCUCCGCCAGCCUGCCUGCGCCGCCCGCGCCCUGGCUGCAGGAAGCCGCGGACCUUCGGAACCCAGACAUCUGCAGAAAAAAGAGACAUACACCAAACUGCCGCUUGAAAUAUUGGAAAUGACACUGUGGCUUUCAAGCAUCCACGGAACGAAGAGUCUGGCUCACAUGGGAAGAGGCUGAGACGACCAGGCCGUGCACGGCAUGUUUCCUUGUGUCUGGAGUGGUUAAUGAGACGCACAGAGCUGCGACAGUGGCUGAGCUCGGUGGUGCCCCAUGACGGGUCGUGGAUGAGUCAGAAUUCUCAGUAAACAUAAAGUUCACAUUUUAGAUGCAAAAUACCAACACAUGUGUUCCUCUGACUGGGAAGCAGCCCAGCAGCCCUGGCCAUGUGAGGGCUGUGAGCCAGGCCUGGUCACCUGCAGCCUUGCCCAGCGGCCUCAAGAUGCUGAGCCUGAAGCUCCCCAGACUCUUCCGCAUGGACCAGGUGCCCCAGGUGUUCCAUGAGCAGGGCAUCCUCUUUGGCUACCGGCACCCGCAGAGUUCCGCCACUGCCUGCAUCCUCAGUCUCUUCCAAAUGACCAAUGAGACCCUCAACAUCUGGACCCACUUGCUACCCUUCUGGUUCUUUGCGUGGAGGUUUACAACGGCACUGUAUGGGACCGACAUCCAGAACGACAGCUACUCGUGGCCAAUGCUCGUGUACAUGGGCACCAGCUGCGUGUACCCCCUCGCGUCCAGCUGUGCGCACACCUUCAGCUCCAUGUCCAGGAAUGCCCGGCACAUCUGCUACUUCCUGGACUAUGGCGCUGUCAACCUCUUCAGCCUGGGCUCAGCCAUCGCCUACUCGGCAUAUGCAUUUCCUGACGCGCUGCUGUGUACCACCUUCCAUGACUACUUCGUGACCAUGGCCGUGCUCAACACCAUCCUCAGCACCGGCCUCUCCUGCUACUCCAGGUUUCUUGAAAUCCAGAAUCCAGGGCUCUGCAAGGUGCUUCGCAUCCUGGCCUUUGCCUACCCCUACACCUGGGACUCCCUCCCUAUCUUCUACAGGCUAUUCCUGUUCCCAGGGGAGAGUGACCAGAACGAAGCCACCCUGUACCACCAGAAGCACACAGUCAUGACCCUGCUGGCCUCUUUCCUGUACUCCGCACACCUGCCUGAGCGCCUGGCCCCUGGACGCUUCGACUACAUCGGUCACAGUCACCAGCUGUUUCAUGUGUGUGUGAUCCUGGCCACGCACUUGCAGAUGGAAGCCAUACUCCUGGACAAGACGUCGAGGAAGGAGUGGCUGCUGGCCACCACCAGGCCCUUCUCUUUCCCGCAGAUAGCCGGAGCCAUACUUCUGUGUGUCAUCUUCAGCCUCGGCAACAUAAUUUAUUUCUCAGCUGCUCUGUAUCGAAUUCCUGAGCCGGAAAUACAUAAAAAAGAAACAUGAUUCAAACCCCAAGUGCUUCCUGGCUUGAUGUCCACGUUUGGCAGCAACGCUGGAACGGCUCUGAGUCAGUGCGUGGUGCUGGCUGCUGGUGACCUGAGUGCAUCAUAAUGACUGGUGUCUUGGCAUUUGAAUGGGUUCAUGUCAAAAAAAAUUAUUUAACCGGGGUGGAGGGAGUUUUCUAAAUAUGCAUUGCUGCCGUACGUGUGAUUUUAAAGCAGGACCAUGAGGUUAAUCAGGUCCUUGUUGCGGAUUACUGCUGUUUCCUGCCGGGUUGAAUGUUUCCAACGCUAUGCACACAGUUGGCCUCAGUCUACCACCUUGCAGCUUUGCAUCCCUCUUCGAAGCUAGAGCUGGCUUCAGGUGAUGGGUCCCGUGAAGCAAACUCCCAGGAGCUCCCACUAUGACCUGUCAAUUAUUUUGGUAGCUGGA